GAAGGUCAGGCAGAAGACAAACCAAUGCUCCGUUUGAAAAGACCAUACCACUGUUUUUGUUUUUGUUUUUGUUUUUGGCCAUGUUACCAGUGCAGCAAUGCCCGUCUGUGGGUCAGUCCAUCACUUUGGCUGAGACUGAAAUAUCUCAACAACCAUUAGCGUAAUUUAGAAGAAAUCCUAUUAAACAACCUGCCAAGUCUCAUGUUUCAAAAAUGUUUCAAUUGUUUUCAACAACUGUGUUCAACAAAAGAAGGAACUAAUGUGACAAAACUGUGACUCCUGAAACAUGGGCAAACCCACUGCAUCAUCAAAAAGGUUAACUUUUUUUCCCAUUGUUAUGUUAUUCUCUCUAUAGUGAUGCCCUGCUUUCCAUUCAUCCACAUGACCACCUGGGAGUUGCCUGCCUGGCACACAAGCUGUAGCACUUUGCUGAGAGGCUCCAGGGCUGCAGGAAAGGAAGAGCGCUAAUCGCUCCCACUGGCAUCACUCCAGAGUUGACCUCAGCUCUCACUGGUCCUGACUUACAUAAACAACCAAAUGACUUUAUGUCAUGAGAUGGUGUGACAAAGUUAGGUCACAUCAAGUUCAGUAUAACCCAAAGCUGAAUUGUAAGAAUGUAAAAUGUUUCAUAAUUGUAAGACUGCUUAGGCAUUUAAAUGUUCCAACAAUCAGUAAAUAAGACUUCCGUUUCAUGUAAAAUACAGCAGGGGAACCACUUUGCUGGAGUGGGUGUCACAUUCAAAAAUUGAUUUUCAUCUUGGAAACAAACUCUUCAUUUUGUUAAAUCCUUGCAUCUUUUGGUAAUUGCAGACAUACUGUGUUGCACAGCAACUAAUGCAACAGCUCCUUGGGCUCUGAGAGCAAAUGGACGUGUGAUGGCAGCGGCCCUUACAGCGAGGCAGAAGGUAAUGCACACAGUCGUCAUAUUGUAGAUGGACAGUGUUUGUGCUGCAGCUGUGUGUAAACUCCCUGCUUGUGCCUCUGUGAGGGUCUCCCCCCAGAGGAAUAACCGCUUUAACUGUACCAUAAAUAAUCACUGCAUGUAUUCAAUACUCCAAUACCACAACUCUUAUCCAUAUCAAACACGCUACACUCAGAAAGAUGUAUGAGCCAAUAUCCUGAUGCACUGUCAGCUCGUUUCUGGACUUCUUAUUUUGGAGUGCUACGUUUUCCUGGUGUCGUACAUGAGCAUUGAAACAGUCAAACCUUUUUAUUUCUUAAUAAUGUCCCUGAAUAACUGUGAUUUGGUACUACAGAGAAAAAAACAGAUAGUGUUCUGAUGCAGUAAGAGUUUAUGAGCAGUGGUCACUAUCCAGAGAAAAUAACUUUUUCACAGAAGACAUUUGAACGCACCACAGCAGGAAAAACACAGGUGUUGAAGGUGAUAAAAUUAACGAUGUUAUUAGUAGCAUCUGUGCUUUUCCUAUUAGGACAAGUCAAGAUGUCUGCUGUGAAAAAGGCCCGUUUAUUGGAAAGAGCUGCUCCAUUUAAACCAAACUGGGUUAAACUAAUGAGGAAAGACUGGUUUCCAGUGCUACGCACUUUACUCUGAGGGACUAUCAGUAACUAAUGCUUAUGAAUGUUUUAAUUAGUGUGUGUGUGUGUGUGUGUGUGUGUGAGGGCUGCUUUGGUUGAAUGAAUUUUCUUGUGAUGUCGUAUAGAUUUAAUUUGUUACAAGUCUCUCUUGUCAAGGUGACUUUGCGCUUGAUGAGACUUUAUUCCCCUUCCUUUCUACUGAUUGAAUACUGUAUCACUGAACGCUGUAGCUACCACUGAGGACACAGAUGUCCUCAGCAUUUUCUUUUUGAAGAACAGGGGGAAUUAUCAGUCAUGGGAAAGAUAAUUUUUUUGAUUAUUUUCAUGUUUCUUUCCAGGAACCUUCCCACUAUUUACCAGAUAUGUACAAGUAUCAGUUACUUAAUAGGGAAAUUUCAGGAAACUAUGGGACCUGUAAAAUACUGCUGAUGAGUAUCAUUAUUUUAUUACUUUUCUCCUGUGAGACAAAAGCAAUUAGUUUCUUUUUAAUCAUUCCUAAAUAAUGUUUGACAGCUGAAUCAUGCAAACUCAUGCCAAAACAAUGGACAUGCCAAGCUGAUCAGUGAACCUGUACAGUUCUUGUUCAUUGCAGCUGCAAGAACAACCAACAUUGUGAGUCAGCCUCUUUCCACAGUGCACUGGAACAACAGCUCACAGAGUGAGUUUGCCUCCUGUGCUGUGGAUGGCUGAUGUCACGCCAGUCCAUUAAAGACGGAGUACGAGGGAAGCGUGUGUCUGUCAGGCCGUAUUACAUGAGGACGACGGUGAUGGACUGCCUUGGGGCUACAGUUGGAGCCUCUCAUUCCUCCGUCCAAACCUCCAUCCGACUCCUGGAGCAACCUCAUGAUUUUUGCCAAGUAUGUCUGUCUGACGGCCCUCAAAGCAGUGUGGUGCCACAAUAUGCAAGGAAAGACCGCCCAUGGACCAUGUCUGCGGUCCAUCUGCCAGCUUUGUAGAAUCCAAAUGUUCCUCACAGCAUGAUCAUAGUGAACAGUGCAGCAGCUCCAGCAUACGGCCUGCUGCAACACGGAUGUCACAAAAACACACUCACUCUGCACUCAUAUCAAGAGGAGCUGCAAAAACAGUCCACAAAACCUCUGCAAUAAUGUCGAAGUCCCCUUAUCCUUCUGGGCCCAACCUCAAGGCCCCCAAGGACUGCAGAAUUAUGAGGAGGAUCAUUGCUGAAGAUCUAGACUGGUCCCUGGUUAUAGUGCCUUGUCUAUCAAACCUCUGCCUGCAAAGCAUUGUGAGAAAUUUUGAGGAAAAGCCUAUAUUUGAAGAACUUAGACCCAUCCAUAGAGACUUCAUUCAGGAGAAAUUAUCUGUUUCCCUGCCUCUGCGUGUGACAGCCAAAUUGAUCAGUGAUGGCGUCUACUGGAAGAGGUGCUGUGAGCAGCGGUGGGACCUUUGUGAUGUCUCACAUUAUGGCCAUAGCUGGAAGCGAAUGUUCUUUGAGAGGCACAUGGAGAGCAUUAUUGAGCUUUUUAUUCCAGAUGUCACAGAGCCAAAGAAAGUUCUAGAGAUCGUCCCACUCUGUAAAGACUACGUCAAGAGGUUGGAUAUCUCCCAGCUGUUGCCGCCUAUAAAGGAGCCCCAGAAUGAGGAAGAGGAGUAUGGCUCAGAGUUGGCAAGCAACACUGACUAUGAUGAACCCUUAAACCACUUUAACUUUAGCAUCCUGCUUGACAAGCUGACACGUCUGGAAGAGCUCCAUUUGGUGUACAGGGUCAAACAAUGUGGUAUGAACUUUGAAUGGAAGAUGUUUGAGAUGACUGACCGAGAUUGUGAAUCCCUCUCCAAGGCCCUUAAGUCCUGUAAAACUUUGAAGCUUCUGAGGCUCCAUGAAAGCCACAUUGAGGAUAAAAAGUGCAGACUGCUGGUGAAACACCUUUUGGACCACCCAUCCCUCAGGGAGCUUGACUUCUCUCACAACCUGAUCGGAGACAGAGGAGCCAGAGCUAUCGGCAAGCUGCUCACCAGGAGUAAACUGGAGAUCCUGAACAUGUGUGACAAUAAUAUAAGAGACCCAGGGGCCAAAGCAAUAGCUCAUGGCUUGUCCAAGAACUCCACUCUUUUGUCCCUCAACCUGCGUCUCAACCGUCUGACAGAUGAGGGAGGCCAGGCCAUAGGUAAGGCCUUGCUGAACAACAACACCCUCCGUCAUCUGCACCUGGGAGCCAAUAAGGUGACAGGGCUGACUGCCAUCGCUCUGGCUAAAGUGCUAGAUGAGAAUCAAACCCUGAAAAGCCUCAAUCUUUCCUGCAACAGCCUGGGUGAGGAUGGGGGUAAAGCUCUGGAGAAGGCGAUGUCUCAUAACACCAUCGUCACAGAAUGCGACAUCCGCCUGACCGAGGUUGAUGAGCACAUCGUUUCCUUCAUUAACCAGGUGGCUUGGACCAACCAGAGUUUAGAACAAAAGAAACAAGCUAAAGGGAAGAAAACCAAGUAGACAUCAACAGCUACUCUUUGUAAUACAAACCAGUCUUUAUUAGUCAUUGAUCCCUGACCUGUGUAUUCAUUCAAAAGCACUGUAUGCCAAAGUUCAUCGCUAAAUUUGACCAAAUUUAAUCUAAAACACAAAAAAUAUCAGAUCUUUCUUCUGUUUAGAUUCUGGUAUCUAGUUUGUUCUGAGCACCACGGACUGGUUAGGGAUGUCAGAAAAGUAUUGAGAGAUUGAGACACAGACCAACAUAUUGGUUUUGGUCUUUUAAUGGGAUUUGCUGAGUAAAAAUUAUAUAUAAUAUUGACAAACUUAUCCUUUGAAAACAUUUUUAUUUUCAGGCGUUUAGUGGAGCAUAACUCGAAACAAAACAUGUGAAAAGGUCAUUAUAUAUUAACAUUAACAUAUUAAGACAUAGACCCUUAAUUAAGCCAGUUUGCAAAAUGUGUAGCAUCACAGUAAUCUUUGUAAGUAAUUUCUGACACAUAUUUUAGUGAGCAUUUCAAUUUAUUGAGGAGCUUUUUUUGUCAUUUUGAUACACAGAUUUGGUAUUCAGUCAUUAUGUAACAUCAAGGCAACGUUGUGGUGGUGUUGGAAUACAUACAGUCUUGCGUUGUUUUUUGUUUUUACCUAUAUCUACUGGUUAAUAGUGUAACACCUUUGCUAGGCACCAAAAAAAAAAAAAUUUAAGUGUAAUUAAUGUCACAAUGUUUUCCCAAUUCUUGACCUUUCAAAGAUCACUAGUUCUGUAGAAUCAUAAGAAGAGAAGCAAAGCUAUUCUGUAGGUUCAUGGUGGACUAAUUCAGCAAAAAUACAAACACCAGUCUAUGAUUACUGAUAGUCUUUAGAUCAGCAACCUUCAACAAUCAUUCAACCUUCCCUUAAAAAUAUGUGUGCCAUAUGUGUUUAUGCUUGCAUGUGUGUGUGCAUUUUUUGUUAAAUAAAGGUGUAUCAAAUAUAA